CAUUUGCAACCGGGUCAAGCCGACCUCCUAAAUCUCUCCCCCUUCCCUCCACGAGGAGCAACUCCCUUGGAAAGCCAGCAGCCUUUUUGCAAGCUCUCCUAAAGCUUUGCAUGGGCCCCUGGCCAUGGGGAGGUGGAGGCUGGUGUGGAGGCCCUGGGGCUGCAAGAAAAGCCAGGGUUCCAGGUCGAUGGUGCUCCAUUGCAGAAAUGCGUCGUCUUUUCCCCUUCCGCGCCAACCCCUGCCGCCAUUGGCCCAAACCAUGGCCCGGUACCUGCGCUCGGUGGAGCCCCUGGUGAGCCUGGAGGAACUGGAGCAGACACAGCAGCUGGUGAUGGAGUUCGAGGCACCGGGAGGUGAAGGGGAGCGGCUACAAGCCCGGCUCCAGCAAAGGGCGGCUCGCAUGGAGAACUGGAUCACAGAUUGGUGGGUCCAGUCAGCCUACCUGGAAAGUCGCCUCCCACUGGCUGUUCACUCAAGUCCAGCUGUUGUGCUGCCCAAGCAGGAUUUCAAUGAUUGGCGAGGGCAGUUGAGGUUUGCAGCCAAACUCAUUGCUGGUGUUUUGGAUUUCAAGGCAAAGAUUGACUACCAGACUCUGUUGGUUGAAUAUUCCCGGGGCCACCCUCUCUGCAUGGACCAGUAUUCUCGCCUCUUUGCCUCAUGCCGACUUCCAGGGCCAAAACACGAUUCCGUCUUGUUGCCUCCUCCAGGCCGGAGACCACCAACAUAUAUCACCGUUGUCCGCAAUUUCCAGUUCUUCCAGCUGGAAGUGUACAAUAGUGAUGGGACUCCUCUCACCGUUGACCAGCUGCAUUGGCAGCUCCAGCGAAUUCGUGCCCAGUCUUGGAAGACGGACAAAGAACCCUUGGGGGUUUUGACCAGCGACCACCGGCACACAUGGGGACAGGCCUACACCACUCUGAUGAGAGACAAGCUGAACCGGGAAUCAGCACGUGCCAUUCAGCGUAGCCUCUUCACCAUCUGCCUGGAUGCCCCGGUCCUAAAAGUGUCAGAUGCCAGAGCAGCGAGCCGACUGGCAGCACAGAUGUUACAUGGUGGAGGGAGCUACUCCAAUAGUGGCAAUCGCUGGUUUGAUAAGACUCUGCAGUUCAUUAUAGGAGAAGAUGGCUCUUGUGGGGUGCUUUAUGAGCAAGCCGUUGCCGAGGGGCCUCCGAUUGCCACAAUCAUCGAUCACGUCCUUGACUACUGCAAAGAUCCUGUUACAGUCCGUGCCCCCCUGAUUCCUCUGCAGUUGCCUAAGAAGCUCUACUUCUACUUCACACCAGAAAUCAAGCGUGACAUUGAACAUGCAAAACAGAACCUGGACAUUCUCAUUACUGAUCUGGAUAUCAGCUGUUUCACUUACCGUGGAUUUGGCAAGGAGCUUCUCAAACACCAUAGGCUGAGUCCAGACUCUGUCCUCCAGGUGGCACUGCAGUUAGCCUAUUACAGAGCGCACGGGGAACUGUGCCCCACUGCAGAGUCAGCCUCUCUCCGUCGCUUCCACCGAGGCCGGACAGAAACCAUUCGCUCCACUACCUCAGCCGCAUUGGCCUUUGUUCGGGCUAUGACUGAUGACAACUGUCAGGCUCCAGAAAGACUGUCCCUGCUGAAACAAGCAGUUGAGGUCCACAGCACCCUCACAGAGCAGGCUCUGAACGGGCAAGGAAUUGACCGCCAUUUGCUGGGACUGAAACUUGAGGCUAUAGCUGAUGGCUUCCGUGUGCCUGAGCUUUUUAUGGACACUUCCUAUGCUGUAGCCUCUUACUGGAAACUCUCCACUGGACAGGUAGCUGCCCGCACGGAUUGCGUGAUGUGCUAUGGGCCACUAGUGCCCGACGGCUAUGCUGUCUGCUACAACCCACUCCCAGCUCAUGUUAACUUUGCUGUUACCGCUUUCAAUUGCUGCCAGGAGACCAAUGCUGAGCAUCUGGCUGGAAACCUCCAGAAGGCCCUGGAUGAUGUGGGGGCCUUGCUGGGGAACUUUGGAGGAAGAAACCAUGAGAAGCAAUCUUGAGAAUCACUCCAUAUAACCACUUCCUAACCUCAGGCUCAGCUGCGGCUUAUGGAGUAUUUUGCUCUGCCUUAUGACUAUACUUGUCACCUAUCAUUUGAUAGGCCUCAGUCCCCAGAUUUUCACACUCCCUUUCUUUUUUGCCAAAGCUAGUUACCCAGGUGUCCUUCAAACAUUCCUGAUGACACUCCUUACCCAUAAAUCCCCUUUGUAACAUAUGUAGGGGAACUGACAGGGAAGCAGUCCUGUUUUGUUUUUUACAUGGUCUUAAUUCGAAACCAAAUCUAAUUUAUUGUCAGGUGGAAUAAAAUAAAAUAAAGAUUCU